GAUUAAAAAGUAGGCUCAAACUUGAUUAACAAAAAUCAAUGUGAUUGUGUUAGAGAAUUAAAGCGCUUGGGGAGCCGCCCCCUGUUGUUCGGGCUUAUAGGUUAUAUCUUGGACCAGCUUUGCCGGAUCAUGCGCAUGUGUUGGCAAGUUUCGGUCAGCGCGUCUUUAGCUCGUCACCACUUUGAAUCCGUUCAUCGUCGCUCUGGGCGCUCAGUGACGCGCUCUCCUGCGGUUUCACGAGCAGCUUGGCUGUAGGCAGUGACUGUACGCACAGAUGGAGCUGGAGGAUUUAAAAACUCCGGAGCGAUUACUCCACAAGUCCUCUUUCAGCAUCAGCAGUCUGUUGUGGAGAAGGGAAGGGAUGAUGGGUGACCAGGACUCUCCUUCUUCUCGUUCUCUUCAUUCUGAGAAAGCUAGUCAAGAGGAAAACUUUGAGAGCCACAAAAGCUGUGAAAACUCCAAACUAAACGCUAAAAUAGAUAUCAAACCGCUGAAACGAGAGGACAAUAAGAAUGAAGCAAAGAAAACAGGAGAUGAAGAUAGCGUCAAACCCGAGAAACCUCCUUUUAGUUACAACGCGCUCAUCAUGAUGGCGAUCCGCCAAAGUCCAGAGAGACGGCUCACUCUCAACGGCAUCUACGAGUUCAUCAUGAAUAACUUUCCUUACUACCGACAGAACAGGCAGGGGUGGCAAAACUCAAUCAGACACAACUUGAGUCUGAACAAGUGUUUUGUUAAGGUGCCGCGACACUACGAUGACCCUGGUAAGGGCAACUACUGGAUGCUGGACCCCUGCAGCGACGACGUGUUUAUCGGCGGCACGUCUGGGAAACUCCGGCGCAGAGCCACCGCCAGUUCCCGGAGCAAACUUGGUCUGAAGAGAGGAGGAGGUCGACUGAUGCCCCCCAACACGGCAGCCAGCGUUACCUUAGCCGCAGCGAGCUCGUUUUACUGGCCAGUGCCGCCGUUCUUGCCUCUCCAAGCACCGGUGCGCGCCCACAUCGGCGCGGGGCAUUACCUGCGCGGCCAGCCGCGUCUGCCCAACCACGCCGCCUCGGUGGUUUCUCAACGGGCCCGGCUGAGCGCAAGCGCCGCUGACACUGACCGGUUCGUGCGGACGCGCCAGGGGAUGUCCUACAUCGGGGUCAGCUGCGCGCAGUCCCGUCGCCAUCAGAUCGGGUCCGCAUGCGCCUCCUUCUCCGCCACGUCCAUCCCCGCAUGCACACUGCCGCUGUCGGAGCCCUGCUCAUUUAACAUGAUCUCCGGGCAGGCCAGCUACUUUUACUCCCAUCAAAUACCGUGCGCAUCCGUGUUUAGUCCUUAUCCGGAGGAGUGCGGCGUUUCCAAGACGGGACAACUUUUAUCCAAGAGCGGGCACUCAGAACUGGGAGGAUGCUGUACUGACAUUCCAAAUUACUGCCCUCAAGUCGGCUCAAGCCCUCCUUUUGGGAUAUAAAAACUAAGACUAUGAAAAAAAUUAAACACUAAUGUAGCAUUUAGGAAAAAAGGAAAUAGAAUAAAUAAAUGUCAACACAGCCUAAAUGACACGUAUCUACUGAAAGUUCUGUUAUAGACGAAUAUCCUGCUUUAAUUUUAUGUGUUACGCAGGAAGAUGGCAUUGCAACUUGGAGAUUAUUAAUGCCAUGCAGUUUGUUGUAAAUAAAAGAGGCUUCCAACGGUGACACUAUGCUUAACUUGUGCCUCCGAAGCUGAUUUAGACGUUUCUGUCUCCACACCCUUCAACAAAUGCGCAAAAAUAUAUUUACAAACAGCAUGAAUGAGAGAGAAGAGCAAGAAAAAAAAAAUACCACUGAUGACCACGUUCUAGUUGAAACAUUUAUUGUUAUCAUUUAUCAUGUCUUAUUAUUUUCCACGCAUUCGACUGGUGUAUCCAGAGUGAGCUUUGUGCGCAUGUUAUUUAGGUCUGCAGAUAUAUACAUCAUAGCAAUGAGGAAUAUUUUUCAUUUGCGGUGAUUCCUUUUUGGUCACCAAAACAUUUGAGGUCUAAAUGCUGUUUUCAAAGCAGUGCAGACAAUAUUAAAAUACUAGAAACUAAUAAUUAAAAAAGAAGAAGCUGCAUUUCAAAUAAAAUAAUUUAAUUAGUCAAAAGAGCCUAAAUAAUUGUUAAAUUAAGGAUUACUGAUUGUAUAAACAAUUCGAAAUCAAAACUGUUCAUUUGCUGCACUUAUUCGGCUCCAUCAUUGUUGCAACUAAAAAAGAAAAAUAUUACAUUCCUAUUUUAAUAACUUUACAUGUAAUUAAACGAUAAAUAAUGCAUUUUAAAUUGUGUUUUCUUUCCUCCCCAUUAAAGCCUUAUACUGUU